GGCCCGCCAACAUGAGCUGCUCGGCGGACGCCGUGAAGGACAGGCUGCUGUGGAACGUGAAGAAGGAGGCUGGUGUGACUCCCUGCCAGCGUGGUGACUGUGCUGCACCAGGACAGAAACUGUGAAUGAAACUGUGCCAAAGGGAUUGCUGAGGAUAAUCCAGAUGUAAAGCAGAUCAUGGAAGAAGCUGUCACCCGGAAAUUUGUACAUGAAGACAGCAGUCACAUCAUCGCCUUAUGUGGUGUGGUGGAGGCGUGUCUGCUGCACAUGCUGAAGCGCAGGGCUGCCGGCUUCCUGCGCACCGACAAGGUGGCCGCGCUCUUCACCAAGGUGGGCAAGACCUGUGCCAUAGCUGGAGACGUGUGCAAGAAGGUGCAGGAGCUGCAGCAGCAGGUAGAGAGCAGGAAAAAUCAGCCAAAUGGGCAGGAACCCCUCAAAAGGCAGGGAUCAACCACAAGCAAAACACCUGUCCUGACACCUCAGGCCAUCAAGCACAUCUGGGUUCGGACAGCCUUGAUUGAGAAGGUGCUGGACAAGAUUGUGCAGUACAUUGUUGAUAACUGCAGUAAAUACUAUGAAAAGGAAGCUUUACUGGCAGAUCCUGUUUGUGGCCCAAUACUGGCUUCUCUGCUAGUUGGACCGUGUGCUCUGGAGUACACCAAGCUAAAGACAGCUGACCACUACUGGACAGACCCUUCGGCCGACGAGCUGGUGCAGCGGCACCGGAUCCACGGCGCUCACGGCCGCCAGGACUCCCCGUCCAAGCGCCCAGCCCUGGGAGUCCGGAAGCGCCACUCCAGCGGCAGCGCGUCGGAAGAUCGCUUUGCUGCGUCGGCACGGGAGUACGUGGAGUCCCUGCACCAGAAUUCCAGGACUCACCUUCUCUACGGCAAAAACAACGUCCUGGUGCAGCCGAAAGAUGAUUUGGAGGCAAUUCCUGGGUAUCUCUCCCUUCAUCAAUCAGCAGAUAGUUUGACAUUAAAAUGGACUCCAAACCAGCUGAUGAAUGGAACCCUUGGAGAUUCAGAACUGGAGAAAAGUGUUUACUGGGACUACGCAUUGAUUGUGCCACUGAGCCAGAUCGUCUGCAUCCACUGCCACCAGCAACCAGAAAGCAGAUGGACAUUAGUGCUGGUGAGUCAGGAUGGGACCCAGAGGCCUCCGCUGCACUUCCCCCAAGGAGGGCACCUCCUCGCCUUCCUGUCCUGUCUGGAAAAUGGGCUCCUGCCCCGUGGCCAGCUGGAGCCCCCGCUCUGGUCCCAGCAGGGCAAGGGCAAGGUGUUUCCAAAGCUUCGAAAACGGAACAGCAACAAAUCAGUGGACCUGGAGGAGAUGCCAGCUGAGGACACAUCCACAGACUAUGUCUUCAGAAUUAUUUAUCCUGGACACAAGCACGAUAACAUAACUAUUAACUACCACCACUUAGCUGCCAGCCGCUCUACCUCUGUUGACGAUGAUGAGGAGGAGGAAGAUAAGCUACACGCAAUGCUAUCAAUGAUCUGCUCUCGGAACCUCACAGCUCCUAAUAGGAUGAAAGACACCAGUGAGAUGAUAGAGAUGCAAGGCUUUGGGGCAAACCUGUCGUGGCAGCUGGAGCACUGCAGCCAGGGCUCCUCCUGUAUCUCCUGUUCCAUGGGCAGCUCUCCCUACGACAUUCCCAGCUGCUGCACCUGCAUCCACGACCGAACUCCCUUAAAGAUGUUGUGUGAAAGCAUGAAGAGGCAGAUCAUUUCCAGAGCCUUUUAUGGAUGGCUGGCGCACUGCCGGCACCUGUCCACGGUGCGCACGCACCUCUCGGCGCUGGUCAACCACAGCAUCGUGCCCCCCGACAGACCCGCCAGCGCCGCCGCCGGCCUCACCAAGGAGGUCUGGAGCAAGUACCAGAAGGACAAGAAGAACUAUAAGGAACUGGAAUUACUAAGAAGAGUUUACUAUGGUGGGGUCCAGCAUGAGAUUCGGAAGGAAGUGUGGCCAUUCUUGUUAGGUCACUACAAAUUUGGCAUGGCCAAGAAGGAGAUGGACCAGGUGGACGCAGACAUUGCUCUGAGGUACCAGAAGGUGAUGGCUGAGUGGAAGGCCUGCGAGGUCAUUGUGAAGCAGCGAGAGAAGGAGUCGCAUUCAGCCACGCUGGCCAAGUUUUCGUCGGGCAGCAGCAUUGACAGCCACGUCCAGCGGCUCAUCCACAGGGACUCCACCAUCAGCAAUGAUGUGUUUAUAUCUGUGGAUGAAACGGACCCAGUGGAGCAGGACCCCAAGGGGCAGGAGGACCCCACGCUGACGGCGGCGCCGGCGCCCGCGGCCCUGGAGUUCGACUCGCCCGACUCGGGGCUGCCGUCCUCCAGGAACUACUCGGUGGCCUCGGGCAUCCUGUCCAGCAUUGACGACGGGCAGAGCGGCUCCUUCGAGGAUGGCGCCGAGGAGGAAGGCAGUGCUGAGCUGGGAAGGACUGAGGCGGGCACAGCCCGCGUGCAGAGAGCCAAGGCAGGGGUGCUGCAGUCCCAGGACUCUGUCUCAGAGGAGCAGCUGAGUUCCCAGGUGGAUUAUCUAGUGGAUGUCGCCUCGCUCUGCGCUGCGUCCUACACAAUAGAGUUAUUGGACACUGUUGCCUUAAAUUUGCACAGAAUUGAUAAAGAUGUCCAGAGAUGUGACCGGAAUUACUGGUAUUUUACUGAUGAGAACCUGGAGAAGCUCCGAAAUGUCAUGUGCAGCUAUGUCUGGGAGCACCUAGAAGUUGGUUAUGUCCAAGGCAUGUGUGACCUCCUGGCUCCUUUGAUGGUUAUUCUUGACAAUGAUCAGCUGGCCUACAGCUGCUUCAGCCACUUGAUGAAGAGGAUGAGCCAGAACUUCCCCAACGGAGGUGCCAUGGACACGCACUUCGCCAACAUGCGGUCCCUCAUCCAGAUUCUGGACUCAGAACUUUUUGAAUUGAUGCACCAGAAUGGAGAUUACACUCAUUUUUACUUCUGCUAUCGCUGGUUCCUGCUUGACUUUAAAAGAGAAUUGUUGUACGAGGAUGUAUUUACAGUGUGGGAAGUUAUUUGGGCAGCAAAGCACAUCUCUUCAGAACAUUUUGUCCUUUUCAUUGCCUUAGCACUUGUGGAAGUUUAUCGAGAGAUUAUCCGUGAUAACAACAUGGACUUCACUGAUAUCAUCAAGUUUUUUAAUGAAAUGGCUGAGCACCACGAUGCUGCGGAGAUCCUGAGGAUAGCCAGAGACCUUGUCUACAAAGUGCAGACACUGAUUGAGAACAAGUGACCAUGGCCAGGCUGUCCCUGGGGCCUCGCUGCGAGCCACUGGAUGCAGCAUUCCUUGCACUGUAAUUCCAAAUGGUGUUUUAAUUGCAUCUUCCAUGUAAUGUAAUAAAUAGUGAGGAGAUAGUAACAGACUUUUAAAACCUGAACUUUCCCUUCACCAGAUGAGGUUGGUGUUUGAUAGUCCUUGUUACACUGACUUUGUAUUUCUAGACAAAAUCUUUUUGCAUUCUCUAUUUCCCUCUCUAGAAGACAUCUCUCUACAUCUUUGUGAUGUUGAAAGGGGGGGAUUUGACAAACUGCAACAUUUCUAUUUUGACUUACUGCACCUGUAAAGCCUGGAUGCACCUUGUGUGCUCUGUCAGAAGCUGCUGUGGAGGCAAGGCUGGGCCCACUGUUGCAAGCAUUGGAUGGGGUCCUUGGAGGAGCACGGUCCUGGCCUCACUGUCUUUGCCUUGAACAUGGAAGAGAAUGUGUCUGAGAUCAUGUUGCUAAAACGUUUGGGUUUGUAUUUAGCAGUGAUUAAAGCUGAUAAGGUUUCUGGCUGGGAGAAUGGCCUUAACCUAAAUGCCACAGUUCACGGGAGCAGCAAUGAGCUCAUGAGCUAAAACACCAGUUUGGCCUUGGCUGACUGGCUCUCACUGCUCAGUCUUCAUGGCCCACACAGACCUGCCUUUGUUUUGCUUUGCAAACUGACCCUGUACCACUCCCAGCUGCCAGGCCCUGCCCUGUGUUGCUCAGGUGAGCAGGUUCAGCCCACAGGCAGGACCCUGCUCACGCUGGCAGCUCCUGCUCCCUGGGCUGUGCAGGGCCAUGGAUUCUCAUCCCAUGGGGAGCAGAUGGCAGUGCCCAGGCUCCCCCAGCUCCCUCACUGCACACUCCUCCUCCUCCCUGCCCUGCAGAGCUUGCAGGGGGAGGCUCCGUGGGGUCCUGCAGACACAAACCAGGUGCUGGUCUCUGCGAGCAGGACCAGCCCCUGCCAGGUGAAGGAGCUGGAAUUCCUGGGGGGCUCUGAGUUGCUGCUGCAGCCCCUGCUCAGUGUGGAGCCCUCCUGUGCCCCAGGACAGUCUGUGCCCCGGCCCCCUGCCCGGCCCUGUGUGACUGUCUGUUCACUUGAAAACUGGAAAAGUAUUUUUUAAAAGAAUGAGAAGAGUGAGAAAAACCUCCAACUGCCAGAGCCCAGGGAGUGAUGGAUGUACAGAUAAUAAUACUGCACUAUUUUCCUUUGGUAUGUUGGGAAUGUUCUGUACAGCUGUUUCACACAAACCCAAUCUGUGAACUUUGCUGUAUUUGUUAGAACAUUCUGUCCGAUUGGAUUUUCUCAAUGUUGUGUAUUAUUUAUUUUUGUUGAGAGCAGACUGUUCUCUUUAUUGCUCAAUUAUUUAUGUUUAAAUGUAACUUAUGAAUAAAUACUUAUCAUCAAGGCA